UUAAAAUGCAUGCCUAUGUUGAAAAAGUUCACUAAAUUCUUACAGGGGUGGGGUAAUUUUAUCUGAAGUGCUCUUUUGACAAAUGAAGAUUUAGAGUCAGUAAAUGAAAUCUAUACCCCUCUGAACGUCAUCAUGUUCUGAAUGGAAUCGGAACGCAGGCGAGAAUAUGAACGGUUUUGACCCGGAGAGUGUUCUGGAUUAGAAUUAACAAAUAAACAAAAAUGGUGCGUAAGAAAAAAGAAUAAUUCCAAAUAUAUCAUGACGGUGCCUUAAUGAGGAUUGUCAGUGCUGACAGGAAUAUUUGUGGGAAUCUACGUUAUAACUGAACAGUCUACAUUGAAAAGAUAAUACAAAAGCUUCAAAAUGGCCCAAACACUUCAAAGCAACUUUCAAAAACUCGUUGAGGUCCAUAUGAGAACAUGUUCAUCGGUGUUGAGACGUGUUCUAAAAAAGCGGGUAGAGCUCGGAAAACCAAAAACUACAGACGUUGAGUCCUGGACAUUGGAUGAUUUCCUCUUCACACAAAUGACCAGGAUUUUGUCGUAUGAUGAAGGUUGCUUCUACAAGGAAAUUCUUUUCCCUGGUUUUAACAAGAAAACACACCUUUCUGAGUGGGAUUUGAACUUGAUUUGCUUCGUUCUACUCAAUGCAUGCUCCUUUCCGGAUAGUAUAAAGAAGGCAGUGACAACACUUCGAUCUCUUCGCACAAAGCUGUUGUACAGAAUGGACAACAAAAUUGCAGAGGCAGAGUUUCAGCAGGACAUAGAAAUGAUAAGGAGUGUUUUGUUUCUUUUAUUUGAGUACAUAGAAGAUGAAACCUUCAAAGCAGAAAUAAAUCACGACGUUCAUACCAUUCUUGAAAGAAAAGAUGACAAGAAUGUUGAAGAUAUGGUUACGGACUUGCAUAAAAUUCACGAAGCAGAAAAAAAAUCGAGAUCGAAGCUGGCGCAUUUAAGUCUAGAUGAGGAACAAACCUACAAAAAACUGAUAGAUAUGGGAGAAAUGUGUGAACUCAAAGCCACCGAUGAUGAAGAACAAACAGUACCAAAAGUUCAGGAGACAUCAAGCGUUCGUGAAAGACACCAUCUGAAAGACGUCUCCGAAGCGGCGACUUGUGGCUUUGAUAUCGAAGGAAAGGCGUUACCAGCUAGAAAACAGAAGUAUCCAUUCAAAUUACCAGAAGUUGUAAUAGAAAUAGCGAUGGAAAAAUGCUCAAUUGCACAGGAAAGAAAGAAUGCCAUAUGCAAUGACCUCGUUGCCAUUAUCAACGACAGAUUGGAGGAUACGUGUAAUUCCGAUCUUACACAAGAGCAAAAGGAGAGGGUUAGGGGAAUUCUCACGGAUGUUUUGGGCCAAUAUGGUGUGACAGAAUUUAGUGCCAGUCACGGUUGUGUGCGAAUAGCAAUUGAACCGGAAUCACUUCAAGACUUGCGGAAGUUGAUCACAGACUGCGUUGACACAACUCUGAUGAAGAAAUUGACAAAGAUACGGGAAAUAUUUGCAACUCUGUCUGGGUGUGAAGACUUUUAUUUUGAAAUAUUUAUGUGUAAGACGGAUUUCAAAGAAUGCACGGAAAGACUAGUCGAAGCAGUGACAGCUUGUUCGCACGAAAACAAAGAACUCUUUGACAAAUUGCGGAACACAAGAAAAGAUAUACCUCAGUUUGUAGUUACCGAAGUAGGCCAUACAAGUCGCAAUACAAUUCUUCUCAAAAUCAAAGCACCGACGGUUGAUGCAGUUGCAAAGUUAAAACAGAACUUGCCUGAUUUUACGAAAAGCCUGUCGCCUCUGGAAGAUGCUAUUAAAGAUGUGUACACUGAGUCAGAUGUUAUUUUGACCGCAAGUUUGCACGAAGAAGUUGAUAAACAACAAAGCGAUCAAAUGGCAUCCACAGCUAUACCAAUAGUAGCUAGACAUUCUGGGCAAACUAUGCGACUUACAGAUGCACAGAAACCAAUACCCAAACUAAAAUGGUUGAAAGAUAUUGAUCUCAAGGCCGUGAAUGACACCAAACAAAAAUCGUCCAUAACUGGUUUUACUCUUGUUUCGAAAGGUAGACUGGUCGGUGCUGAUCUAGCGAAUGAGUGUAUAAAACUUGUUGAUAUUGACAGUGGGAAAUGUAUAGGUGUUCCUAUAUCUACGCCAUCGUUUGCAUGGGACGCAGCGUCGUUUGGUGAUGAUUUGAUUGCCGUCACUGUACCAGCCUCGAACAAAAUAGUUGUUGUUCAAGUAACAGUAAAUGGACUAAAGCUUCAUGACGAAUUUGAUGGAUUCGAAAAAUGUAGAGGAAUAACUUACAAUAAAGGAAAAUUUUAUCUUACUUUUGAAUCGCCACAUAGCAAAGUUCAGAUUCUAGAUACAAAAUGGAAAGUUCUAAGAACCGUUGAGUUCUACGAAGACGGAAAGAAUAUAUUUGACAAUCCAUGGUUCAUCACAGUCGAUUAUGAAAAUGAGAAAAUGUAUGUUACCGAAGCAAUGAAAUCACACUUAGUAGUUUUAUCACUAGAAGGCAAGCAUAUUCGCAACAUAGAUCUUCCUGAUACGAAAUUGGGAUACGCUCGCGGAACAGCAGUUCAACCAAAUGGGAACAUAUUAAUCUGCUGCUACAUGUUCGGAAAGAAAGGAAAUGAUUCGCUAUGCGAAAUAGACACUACAGAUGAUUCUUUCGAAGUACUUCUUGACGAAUCAGAUUCCAUUGAAAUGCCUGAUUGCGUCGCUUACGACCUUACAAAGCAAACAUUAUACCUUAGCUUGUGUGAGAAUACUGCAAUCAAGGUUUUUCAGAUUGAAUAGAUUUGGGAAAUGUUACUAUUAUUGUUGAGUUGAGUCAGAUGGUGUUUGUGCAAUGCAAAUAUUGCAGUAAUGGUAUAUGUUAAUGUUUCUGUAAGGGUAGUUGUUCCAGUGAUUUUAUACUAUGGAACUAGCUUAUUUUUAUACUAUAAAUGACGAAAAUGAUAGAUGUUUUGUACACUAUGAAUAUAAAUGAAACAUUAAAACAUGUUUUAACAGCUUUA